AGAGAGAGAGAGAGAGAGAGAGAGAGAGAGAUUCAUUUGUUUUUUGCUUUGUGGUGAGAGAGAGAAGAUCGCAUCGUGUGGGUAGCGUUUCUAACAAGUAAAACAAAAAAAAGGAAAAAAGUUUCCGUCACUAAGGAAGGAAGAAGGGAGUUUGGUGUGAGUCCUUGGUUUGCGUUUUGUCUUUCUUUUGGUUUCUCCGAUCUCGCAAUUGCCGUGUUAUUCGCCGGAAUAUUUAAGUUUGAGAUUUCAAGGUUGCGAACUACAUUUACAGGAUUUCGUUGAUUGGUGUGAUAAUAAGCCAUUGAUCAACUAAGCUUCUUUCGUGUGCCAAUCACAUCAUCGUGUUAUGCAUUCUGAGAAAUGGUGUCGCAUAAGUGUGUAGAAGAAUUUGGAUACAAAGGCUCCUCCCUCUUACCUGCCAAUGCAAGAGCACCCAGAUCCGCCCGGAAGAGGCGCAGUGUCGACAAGACCGUAAGUGCAGAUGAUAAUAAUAUGUGUGCAAUUGAUUUAUUGGCCACCGUAGCUGGACACUUGUCAUUUGAGAGUGGGAGUUCACUCAUGUCUGUAGACAAACUGAUUGAAGACCAUCGUGUGAAGAAGGAAGUCCCGGAAGAAGAAAAACCUCUAAUGCCAGUAGCUUUUUCCGAGGAAAAUCCUUACCAGGGAUCUUUAAGCCCCUGCGGAUUCAGUUCUGUGAUUAAUGGCAAACUAGAGGAUGAUGCAGAGGGUUUUAGUUACUCUGGUGCUACUGAUUCUUGUCAAGUCAGCAACUUCAGUCAAGAUAUAAAACCGGUUAUCGAUGGCGAUGCUGUAGUUAGUGUAGGUAGUACUAGUAGAACCCAAGUGCCAUCAAUUGGGAACUGUGCUUCUCAUGGUCUUCGGGAUGAUGUAAAUUUGUUUAGUAGAGAUGAUGAUGAAAACUUUUCUGGGUACGUUCGCCCCCGUGGUACAAAAAAUUCACCUAGGUCUGUGCCGCGUAUUGGGGACAGAAGAAUCAGGAAGAUAUUGGCUUCUAGACAUUGGAAAGGAAGUUCAAGACAUACAGAUACGAAACCGUGGAGAAAUUAUUACUUGCAAAAUCAAAGGAGCUAUCCUAUCAAGAAGAGGAAAUACUAUGACCACAUAUCUGAUUCAAUUACUGAUGAUUACCGUCUGCGCACUAAGAUGCAUAGAGGCAGCAGAACAGUCUCUUCGAUGAAAGGUCAAGGUGCAUCCUUUGUGUCAAGCAAUUCCCAUGUGAAACUACGGAUUAAAUCCUUCAGGGUGCCUGAGCUUUUCAUAGAGAUUCCAGAAAGUGCUACCGUUGGCUCUUUGAAGAGAAUGGUGAUGGAAGCAGUGAGCACUUUACUGAGCGAUGGACAUCGAGUGGGUCUGAUGGUUCAGGGGAAAAAAGUCCGAGAUGAUAAUAAAACCCUUCAUCAGACUGGGAUAUCUCAGGAUAACAACCACUUGGAUUCACUUGAUUUCAGCCUUGAACCCAGCUCAGAAAUGCCUCAACUGCUAACUAGUCAUCCGUUAGAACAUGCUUAUAAGGAGAUGCUACCUGUAUGCGAAGCUGCUACUACCCUGGACAAUGUGUUGGAAUCUGACCAUCAUGACUCAGCACUAUUCCCAUCUGACUCAUUAGGCAAUAAUAACAUGACAGAAGAUUCUAAAGCUAUGGUUCCUAUGGCGCUCACUGAUUUGUCUCCUUCUGGAACACUUUGUCGUAAAUCUAAAAGAAGUGAACAGCAACAGCAGCAGGCUGCACAGCGCAGAAUCCGCCGACCUUUUUCAGUAAGUGAAGUAGAAGCACUUGUUCAAGCAGUUGAGAAACUCGGUACUGGAAGGUGGCGAGAUGUUAAGCUUCGUGCUUUUGAGGAUGCAGACCACCGCACCUACGUUGAUCUUAAGGAUAAAUGGAAAACUCUGGUUCACACAGCUAAGAUAUCUCCACAGCAGAGAAGAGGAGAGCCAGUGCCGCAGGAACUUCUAAACCGAGUGUUGAACGCUCAUGGCUACUGGACACAGCAUCAGUUGCAGCUGCAGCAGAAUGUGAACAAGCAGCAGCAGGAGACACCUUCUCAGACAGAGGCUCUGCUACUUCACUAAUUGAAUUUGCAGAAGCUUGGAGGUGGUCACUCCAUUGUGUAUUACUAGUAUUGAUGAUAUGUAAGAUUCUGAAAUAGAUGCAAAGAUUUGGUCUUUUUACUCGUUUAUUGGUUUCUUUUGAUCUUGUUAACUUUCCCAAUGUAAAGUUUUAACUGGAAUAAGGUUUCCUGACCAGUUUAGGGCUUUUAGAGGAUCUGCUGUACAUCUUUUGUCACAUUCUCAUUCUCUUUAUACAUUUCUUAUCUAAGACUUAUUUUUCA